CUGCUCGUCUGGGCUCACAGCGGAGGCAGACUCGCCGUGAGCUGCCGCGCUGCCUCUCGCAAGCGCCGGGCUCCCAGUCGCCGCCGCCACCGCCGCCGCCGCGCCUCGCCAGCCAGAGUUGGGCUCCGUGGGGCUUCCCCCCUCGCAGCCUCGGUCCUUCCCGGCUGCUUGCAAGUCAGCCUGGCUCCGAGUCACGUGUCAGUGCCUGAGGCAGAGACUGAAAGAAAAAAACGCGCUUCAUUCCUUCUUCCACCGCCAUACUGUAUUUUAUACUAAAUCUCAUUUUUAUUCCAACAUUUUACUCCCGCUCGUGGAAGGUUUUUCUGGAAAAAAAAAUGAAGUGCGGUUUGGUUUCCUUGUCAACGGAGGAUGAAGUGAACAGCUGAGCAGCUCGCAGAGAGCAGAGAACCCUGCCUACUUAUCAACUGAGAAAAUAUUAAAAUUAUAACUUGGUUUUCAAAAAUUCUAUUGUCUCAGGAGCUCAGCUUUCAGAAAGGAUUAAAACAAGGUGAGCCAACCAUGACCGGCAAAACACAGACCAGCAAUGUCACCAAUAAGAAUGACCCCAAGUCCAUCAAUUCUCGUGUUUUCAUCGGCAAUUUAAACACAGCCAUUGUCAAGAAAGUUGACAUUGAAGCCAUUUUUUCAAAAUAUGGGAAAAUAGUCGGAUGUUCCGUUCACAAAGGUUAUGCAUUUGUACAGUACAUGAGUGAGCGGCAUGCGAGAGCUGCAGUGGCCGGGGAGAAUGCCAGGAUCAUCGCGGGUCAACCGCUGGAUAUCAACAUGGCAGGGGAACCCAAACCAUACAGACCAAAACCCGGAAACAAGAGGCCCCUUUCUGCACUUUACAGACUUGAAUCAAAGGAGCCUUUCCUGUCUGUUGGCGGUUAUGUCUUUGACUAUGAUUACUACAGAGAUGAUUUCUACAAUCGGUUGUUUGAUUACCAUGGGCGUGUGCCUCCACCUCCCCGUGCCGUGAUCCCGCUGAAGCGUCCCAGAGUGGCUGUCACGACAACUCGCCGGGGGAAAGGAGUCUUUUCAAUGAAAGGGGGAUCAAGAUCUGCUGUCAGUGGGUCUUCCUCCUCAGGCUCUAAGUUGAAAUCAGACGAGCUACAGACAAUCAAGAAAGAACUAACCCAGAUCAAAACUAAAAUUGACUCCUUGCUAGGGCGCCUGGAGAAGAUUGAGAAGCAGCAGAAGGCAGAGGCAGAAGCUCAGAAGAAGCAGUUGGAAGAGACUAUAGAGCUGAUCCAAGAUGAAUGUGUGUCAGAGAAUGCAGAUCACUCUACAGAGGAGCCUGCUGAAGGAGGGCAAGAUGCAGAUGGAGAAGAGAUGACUGAUGGGAUAGAGGAGGACUUCGAUGAAGAUGGGGGUCAUGAGCUGAUUCAUGUUUACUUCUAGAGAUGACAGGGCCAC